AUUAUAAGAACUUCACGUAAAAUGAGAUGUAUAAAAACUACACGUGAGAAGAGAUGUAUACCAAUUACACGUGAGAUGAGAUGUAUAACAACUACACGUGAGAUGAGAUGUAUAACAACUACACGUGAGAUGAGAUGUAUAACAACUACACGUGAGAUGAGAUGUAUAACAACUACACGUGAGAUGAGAUGUAUAACAACUACACGUGAGAUGAGAUGUAUAACAACUACACGUGAGAUGAGAUGUAUAACAACUACACGUGAGAUGAGAUGUAUAACAACUACACGUGAGAUGAGAUGUAUAACAACUACACGUGAGAUGAGAUGUAUAACAACUACACGUGAGAUGAGAUGUAUAACAACUACACGUGAGAUGAGAUGUAUAACAACUACACGUGAGAUGAGAUGUAUAACAACUACACGUGAGAUGAGAUGUAUUCGAAACGCGGCUGGAAAAACAAGAAGAGACAGAGUCACGAAUGAAGUAACUAAGAAUAAUGGUUAG